CAAAACUGACUCAGUAGUUUUGUUUAUAUGAUUGCUGUGUGAACCAAUUUUACUUCUUUGAGUAGCACAAGCAAAGGCUCUUCCUUCCACAAACCUCUUGUUUGCCAUCUUCCCAAACCUUCUCUCUGUCUCUCUCUCUGUCUCUCUCUCUCUCAAAAGCAUCACAGAAAAAAAACAUGUCUUCCCCAAGCAAGCGGCGAGAGAUGGACUUGAUGAAACUGAUGAUGAGUGACUACACGGUGGAGAUGAUCAAUGAUGGAAUGCAAGAGUUUUAUGUGCAUUUCCAUGGACCCAAAGAGAGUCCUUAUGAAGGAGGUGUGUGGAAAGUAAGAGUUGAGCUCCCAGAUGCUUAUCCUUAUAAAUCUCCUUCCAUAGGCUUUGUCAACAAGAUUUAUCAUCCAAAUGUUGAUGACAUGUCAGGAUCAGUUUGUCUCGAUGUUAUCAAUCAGACCUGGAGCCCCAUGUUUGAUCUUGUCAAUGUAUUUGAGGUGUUUCUCCCACAACUCCUUCUGUAUCCAAAUCCAUCAGACCCCUUGAAUGGAGAAGCUGCAGCUUUAAUGAUGCGUGACCGAGCUACUUAUGAUCAAAGGGUUAAAGCUGCCUCCUAUGAUGCCAUCAAAUCCUUAAACAGAAAAAGUACAUUGAGAAGUUUGCUAAGCCAGAACACAUAGGAGCUGCUACAGAAGAGAAAUCCAGUGAUGAGGAGGAGCUAAGUGAUGAAGAAUAUGAUUCUAGUGAUGAACAGGUGGUUGGUAAGGCUGACCCCUAGGCCCUAGCCUUGUAUGCAUGUCCUGUUCUUCUAUCUGUAUUUUAUUUGUACAUUAUCUAGUUAUGUUCUCAUUUCUCAUAAUUAAAAAUGUAAUGUACUUGGAUGUUGGUUGGGGAAAAAUUCCCCUCCAUGUUAGUUUACUGUCAGUCACUGUAAAUAAUGUACCAUUGAUUUCCUGAUGCAAUCUUAUUUGUUGUUAACUUCUCUUAA